UCUAACUUCGAGUGAGAAAUGGGCUCCCAAUAGGUUAACCCAUGAGAUUGCGAAAUGGGUCGGUUACUGAUCAUGGUCCGAAAACAUUCCCAGAAAGGUUUUACGUCAACCUCUUCUUUUGAAAUACUGUGAUGGAUGCCCACCCAUAAAUUUGUGGCAACCAAGGCUGCCCAAGGUUGAAAAGUUGUCAGGAAUAUGCAUGUCCCUUGAAAAAAACAAAGCUGGUAAUUUUUCAGGAAAGGAACACAACAUUCUCACUUUCUCAGCUUGCCUGCAUAUUACCUUCAAUUUUUCUUAUUAUAAUUUUUUUAACAUCUGUCAUUUUAGAUUCAAAUUUUGAAUUUUUCACAAUAUCUAUAAACCCAUCAGUAUUCAGUAGCAUUGUAACAAGAUCUUGAACAGUCACCAUAUUUCUUUCCUUUUUCCCUCUCUUCCUAAAUAAAUCUCACAAUCACUAUAUUUUUCAUCCCCUCAACACAAUGAGAGACUCAGAAAACAUUGAAAAGGGUUUGUUGGUUAGAGAAGGAGAGGAGGAGGACAGGGGAUUAUUAACAUGGGUUGUGCUAAUGGAGGAAGUGAAGAGAGUUGGGUACAUAGGAGGACCAAUGGUGGCUGUGAAUUUCUCACAGUACUUCUUGCAAGUUAUAUCAAUCAUGAUGGUCGGUCAUCUUGGCGAGCUCGCUCUUUCUAGCACCGCCAUUACCUUCUCCAUCUGCGGCGUCACCGGAUACAGUCUCGUUUUUGGAAUGUCAUCUGCACUAGAGACCAUAUGUGGGCAAGCUUAUGGAGCUCAACAAUAUCAAACACUAGGGACUCAAAUAUACACUGCAAUUCUUUGUCUUAGUCUUGUUUGUAUCCCAAUAUCAAUGAUGUGGAUCUACAUGGGAAAAUUACUUGCUUUGAUGGGCCAAGACCCUCUGGUCUCGCAAGAGGCUGGUAGAUAUGCAAUUUGUCUAAUUCCUUCGCUCUUUGGCUAUGCGACACUUCAGUCAGUUGUUAGAUACUUUCAGGUGCAGAGUUUGACUGGUCCUUUGUUUGUAAGCUCUUUGGCUACUUUUUGUUUCCAUGUUGGUUUCUGUUGGGUUUUGGUAUUCAAAUCCGAGCUAGGCAACGUUGGAGCAGCAGUAGCACUCAGUGGUUCGUAUUGGUUGAAUGUAAUGUUGCUCGGAUUGUAUAUGAUGUUCUCCCCUAAUUGUGAUAAAACACGAGUCCCUAUUAGUAUGGAGCUAUUCCAUGGAGUUAGAAAGUUCUUCCGAUUCGCGAUCCCUUCUGCUGUUAUGAUUUGCCUUGAAUGGUGGUCAUUUGAGUUGAUCAUCCUGUUGUCUGGAUUUCUACCAAAUUCAAAGCUUGAAACUUCAGUUCUCUCUGUCUGCCUGCAGUGCCUUUCAACACUCCAUAUGAUCGCAGAUGGACUAGGUGGUGCAGUAAGUACAAGAGUCUCGAACGAACUGGGAGCAGGGAAUCCAAGGAAAGCUCGUAUGGCUGUCAUUGCAGUGAUGUUUCUUACAGUGGCACAGUCUAUGAUAUUAAGCUCAAUUCUGUUCGCCAGCAAGCAUGCUUUCGGUUAUGCUUUUAGCAACGAAAAGGAAGUUGUGGACUAUGUCUCAGCCAUGGCUCCUCUGUUAUGUAUUUCCGUUAUAUUGGAUAGUCUACAAGGUGUUCUUUCAGGCGUUGCACGGGGAUGUGGGUGGCAGGAUUUGGGGGCCUAUGUCAACCUUGCGGCAUUCUAUCUUUGUGGAAUUCCAGUUGCAGCCGUGCUGGGUUUCCGGUCACAACUGAGAGGGAAAGGCUUUUGGAUUGGAGUCCAAAUUGGGGCACUUUUGCAAACACUUCUGCUGUUUAUCAUUACCAGUUGCACCAAUUGGGAAAAACAGGCAAGAAAGGCGAGGAUGAUGAUGUUUGACGGAAAAUCAUCGGUACACGAUGAAUUGAUGUGAGAAGGCAAUUCUUGUAGACUAGUUUUCAUUGUUAAUGCAGGAACAAGAAAUGUUUAGCAUGCAAUAUUUUCCAGAUAUUGCACAGCACCAUGAAUGAAUCUCAAUAAAGUUACUUACUAAAACUGUUAGAUGUCACACUUGAGUCUUCAAUUCCUAAAAUUCAUGUCUAAUCAUGCCACACAAACAUUUCAACAAACACCUAGUGUGUGAGGAGCAAGAUUGAAAUGUAAACAACAAUCUACAUAGACUCCCUGACCAUGAAAAUGUAAACAAUUAUUUUGAUGACUUUGAUAAAUUAUGUUCGAUUUGAAGGCUCCAAGUUCAUCAUCUUCAUCCGAGCCUUUUAUCAACGAGAAUCCACUACGUAUAUUCAUUUACGCCAUUGAUUUCUACCUAUAUCAUAAUUUCAACAUUUUUUAUUGAAUUCAUCUCAUUUCUUACUAUUUCAAGUUAUGCCUUUUUAUGACUUAUUCUUCACAUUCUAUUAUCUCUUAUACAAAUUCUCUCGAUUCCCCUCACAACUACACUAUUAUCUCUACGUUAUACAUACACAUACCAAUACCAUCUUAAACGCUUUUCUUGAAACUUAUCUUCAAUUGGUGGUACUACUACCUUAGACUAAUGAUCUCAUUUAUUAUCAUAUCUUCUCUCUGGAUCGCCUCAGCGCCAUUCCUAGCUACCCCGAAUUACAUCUCUACACACACCCAUCCCCUGUUAAAUCCAAGUCGUCUUCUUAGUGCUUUAGACGGCAAUCACC